GGGAGCGAUGCUGUGGCUGCUGGCUGCCACAGUUGGAGAACAGGAUACCACAGCACUGAGGGACUGCAGUGAUAUUUUAAAUUUCUGACCCGCACAAAGAAGAGUCCAACCUGUAUUUAGGAUCCUGCAUGUCAUUUCUGCUUAGCUAAGCAGUUAACUUCGGUAUCAACCUGGAGGUCUCCAACCCUCUUAAGAUGUACGGCCUGUACUUAGAAGCAGUGAACGAUUACAUAAACGAAUCGUACGGAGAAGAUGUGUGGAGAUUGAUCGAGAACCGAGCAGAGAUACCCCACCUCAAGUUUGUCCGACAUCAGAUGUACAAUGACAACCUGAUUCUGCGGUUGGCAAAGGCAGCAGGCGAGGUUCUGGGAAAGACCCAUGAUGAGCUGAUGUACGCCUUUGGGGUCUACAUGGUCAAGAGGAUUGGAAACUAUGGAUAUGAGCGGAUCCUAAAGGUUUUGGGGCGAAAUGUGCGCGACUUCAUCAAUGAGCUGGACAACCUGCACGAGUACUUUCGCUUCUCCUUCCCCAAAGUGCAGCCGCCGAGCUUCUGCGUGGAGGAGGAGUGCGAGACGAGCCUCACGCUCCACUACCGCAGCACCCGCAAGGGCUUCACUCAGUUCGUCAAAGGGCAGCUCUCUCAAGUGGGACGCCAAUUCUACAACACAGAUAUCGAAGUGGAAAUCCUGUCUAAAGAGGAAACCGAGAAAAUGACGUAUGUGGUUUAUAAGAUGAACUUCGAUAACGCCGCCUUCAAACACCGCAUGCCCCAGCAGAAGACGGCGCCGAGCUACGAGAAGCUGCCAAUGAAGCGAGGUAUCUUCUUUGACAUGUUCCCCUUCAGCGUCAUCUUCCGCCGCGACAUGACUAUGUACCGCAUCGGUGACGGACUCAAAGAGGUCUUCUCUGACCUCCAGGGCAAGAAAGUCAACGAGGAGUUCACUCUGAUCAGACCCAUGCUGGAGUUCAGCUGGGAUAAUAUUUACACCCAUUUGAACAAUGUGUUUGAACUGCUGUCUAAAGCGGUGGUGGAGAGCAAGCAGAAGGUCAACAUCCCCAAACUGAACAAGGAGGAGCCAGAGGAGAAGGAAGAGAACGAGAAAGCGAAGAGGGAAGAAGAACGAGAGCCGAAGGCGGUGGAGGAGAUGAAGGGCACAGACCAAGAGUACAGCAGCUCUCUCACCCAAUACAACAGCUCUACAAACUCUGGAGGGGAAGACAUUGAACUGCUGGCGUUCCAGACUAUCACCGGAAAGUGUAGUGAGACCAUCUUUGAAGACAUGCGGGAGCCUCCAAAGAAGCCUCUCCACCUGAAGGGCCAGAUGAAGUAUGUCCCCCCGUGGGACUCCCUCAUCUUCUUGGGGACACCCAUUAUAGAGACAGUGGAGGACAUGAUAAAGAUGGGCGUGUACGUGAACGAUCUCAACCUGCAUGACUCCAGCAGAGAGCUGAUUUUGGCCGGGACACAACAAUCGGCUGAGCUGCAGCUGGCCCUCGACCAGGAGCAACAAAAAUAUGCCCAGCUGCAGGAAAUCAUCAAAAAGCUGGACGAAGAGAAGAAGAGAGGAGAUUCUUUGCUGUACGCCAUGAUCCCUAAAGCUGUGGCCGACCGUCUCAGGAAAGGGAUCACUGCUCUGGAGACAUGCCAGGUCUUCCCAGAUGUGACCAUCCUGUUCAGCGACGUGGUCAAGUUUAACGAGAUCUGCAUCCACAUCACACCCAUGCAGGUGGUGGACAUGCUCAAUGAGAUCUACAUCGUCUUCGACACUCUCAGCGAGAAGCACAACGUCUACAAGGUGGAGACGAUUCGUGAUGCCUACAUGGUGGUGGCGGGCGUGCCCAACAAGACCACCUUUCACGCGCACCAUAUCUGCGACAUGGCACUGGACAUGCUGAGCUCCAUCGACCACCUCAAAGACCCCUCCACUGGAGAUAACAUCCAGAUUAGAGUUGGUAUUCACUCAGGUAUGGUGGUGGCUGGCGUGGUGGGUCUGAAGAUGCCUCGCUACUGCAUGUUUGGCGACACUGUGAACACAGCCUCAAGGAUGGAGAGCAAUGGAGUGGGCAUGCAGAUACACAUCAGUCAGACCACCAAAGACCACCUGGAACAUGAGCCCUUUAUCAUUGAGGAGAGGGGCAAAAUCUUUGUGAAGGGUAAAGGCUACAUGAAGACCUACUGGCUGAAAGGAAAGAGAGAUCUAUCGUUCAAGACCCCGGCAGAGCUGCGCUACAGCAGCGAACCGAAAGACUCGGACGACAAGAGCUCUAAUGGUUCCACAAGCACCAAUGCUAAACGCAUGGGAUCCAACCUCCACAUCCCCGGCAACGAGGAGCAAGCUGAACGAAAGCCAAGCCCCAGCGACCUCCCACUGGACACCCUGCCCCCACCAGAGGCUGCUACCGAGACCCCCGCCGUUUCAACCGAGCCCCAGGAGAAGGAGAAAGCCAGAAAGACUAAGAACAACAAGGGGGCCAAGCUGGAUGCGCCCCAAGCAAACAGCUUGCCGGAGUCUUCGCCGCCCGCGGACGGGCUGGAAAACCCGGGUCCUUUACUCAACAUCAAGAGAAACAGCUUCAGACAUCAGUACGCCAAGCUGCCCGCCAACCUGCCCAUUCGCAGCGCCUCCUGUUCCAUUCUGUGAGCAGAUGAUGGUAGUGAGAUUACAAGACGACUCCAACAUGUUACUAGGGUGUGAUAUAUGUUUAAAAUAUCAAUGAAGACAAAACAGGCAUUUUAAGGUUUUCAACAUACGGUUACUGAUGAUCUGCAUUUGAAAUUUUGAAUGCCAUAUCAUGCCAAGGGGUUGUGAAAGAUACAUGCUUUUGUGACAUUUUGAUUAAAUUAAGAGCGAAACUUCAACUGAAGACCAACACUUAAACUGUUAAACAUUUCCCAGUCAACAAGUCUACUUUUAUUAAGGUAAAGUUUGUGCAAGAUUUAAGGCUACACAUGCUUGAUAUUUAGAUACUGUUAACUUGACUGCUUAUAAAAAGAUGCUUUCAAAGUCACUGCAUUUAAGUUGACUUAAAAAUAUAUGAAAUGGAGAAAACCUGCUUGCAUGCUGUUUCAUUGAUUUCAUGCUUUGAAGGAUUUGCCUUGUAUAGAAAUUGGGAAAGUAUUUUUAACACCCUGAAUACAUUUCACAACAGGUUUCACAAAAUGCCUUCCUUAUGUCGACUGUUUUAAAGAAAAGGAAGUACGAUGGCCUCUACACACAAAACACGCAUGCACAGAGAAACAGAGAACUUUAAAAUUGUACUACAGGUAUUGACGGCCAUGACAAUUAGUUUAUUUUAUUUGCUAUUUGCUGUAUUAUUUUACAGGUCCACUUUACAUUCAUGAAGUCACUGCAACAGGAAUCAUGUUUGUUCAAAUCUAUAUGGACAAAAACUUUGUUUUAGAAAAAAUAAAGUAAGCCAUUUCUCAUUGGCCGGAGCUUCCACAGAAACAAAAACUACUUCUAUGGAUGCUUCAUUUAAUUCACUGAGAGUAGAUCAAGAGGUUGUAUUUUAUUUUAUUGAAACUAGGCACAUCUAGUAAUUCAGUAGACAUUUUACCACAUUGUCUAAAGGAGUUUUGGUUAUAUGUUCUGUAUGUAACUGACUGCAUUUGUCUUACUGUAUGAUAGUCUUUAUUUAUAUAAAACGGUAUGUACAGUCACUAAAAAA